CCCCUUUAGUUAUUUCUAUCCCGCCCAUACUAAAUCCAUAAAACUCUCCGGGGCAGAAUCCCUCAGUCUUCUCUCCAAGACAUUGAUCACUUAGCAAACAUCUCAAGAUUCUGGAAACUCAGCUCAUUUUACAGGUGAGAAAACAGAGGCAAACGGAAUUGGGAUCUGCCCAGAAUCACCGUGUCCGAGGCCAGAUUUGAACUGAGUCCAGGCCUAGCACUCUAUCCACUGGGCUGCCUAACUUCAUUGUCCCCUGUUAAACUAUAUAAUAUAAGCUUCCUUGAGGGAUGGAACUGAUCCAAGACACCUCCCGGCCACCCCUGGUGUCUGUGAAGGGUAUUCCAUUAAUCAAGUAUUUUGCGGAAACUCUUGAACUAGUGAAGGAUUUUCAGGCCUGGCCUGAUGAUGUUCUCAUCAGCACUUACCCCAAAUCCGGAACAACCUGGUUGAGUGAGAUCGUAGACAUGAUCCAGCAAGGAGGUGACCAGGAAAAAUGCCAACAGAAUCCAAUCCAUGUCCGAGUGCCAUUUCUUGAAUUCAAGGUCCCAGGAAUCCCUUUAGGCAUAGAGACGCUAAAAAACACACCUGCACCAAGACUCAUCAAGACCCACCUACCCCUGUCCCUGAUCCCCCAGAGUUUCCUGGAUCAGAAAGUCAAGGUCAUCUAUGUGGCAAGAAAUGCCAAGGACGUGGUAGUCUCCUACUAUAACUUCUACAAGAUGGCAAAGGUACACCCUGACCCUGGGACCUGGGAGAACUUCCUGGAGAAGUUUAUGACUGGUCAAGUAUCAUACGGCUCCUGGUACCAGCACGUGGUGGAAUGGUGGGAGCUGAGCAAGCGGCAUCCAGUUCUCUACCUCUUCUUUGAAGAUGUGAAGAAGGAUCCCAAGAAGGAAAUUAAGAAGAUUUUAGAAUUUAUGGGACGGAAACUGCCAGAGGAUGUCAUAGAUAGAAUAGUCCAACAUACAUCUUUCAAGAAGAUGAAGGAGAACCCCAUGACCAACUACACCACCAUCUCUUCUGAAGUCAUGGACCACUCUAUCUCUCCCUUCAUGAGGAAGGGUAUUGUUGGAGACUGGAAGAACACCUUUACUGUAGCCCAGAAUGAGAGGUUUGAAGCUGAUUAUAAAAAGAAGAUGGCUGGCUCAGAUCUUCAUUUUCAAAAUGAGCUCUGAAUGGCAACAGGAAGAGAGGGUCAUCAACCCAUACUUCUGUUAUCAGCUCCCAGUUUUUCUAGCCUAAUAGAUUUUUUAGCAUGCAAAAUUAGCUCCCUUAUAUUCUAGUAGAAAAAAAAAAAAACUGACUGUUAUAAAAGCUUUAUUAUAUGCUUAGCUAUUAUAAACAAAGACUCAGUAAAAAACAUUUUCCCCAUUAAAAUAAUAACAAUCAAAAAAUAAAUCCUUCUGAAGAACGAUUUGGCACCCAAAGAGCUAUCAAACUGUGCCCAUACACCCUUUAAUCUAGCAGUUCCACUAUUGGGCUUAGGCCUGGCUCUGCAUCUCCAAGAGAUCAUAAAAAAGGGAAGAAACUCACAUGCAGCAGCUCUUUGUGGUGACAGGGAGCUGGAAAUUGAGAGGAUGCCCAUCAGCUGGGGAAUGGCUAGAUAAAUUAUGGUACAUGAAUGUAAUAAACUAUUGUUCUGUAAGAAAUAAGCAGACUGAUUUCAGAAAAGCCUGAAAAGACAUGAACUAAUGCUGAGUGAAGCAGGCAGAAUCAAAACAUAUAUUGAAAACAAUAACAAGAUUGUGAUAAUCAACUGUGAUGAACUUGGCUCUUCUCUACAAUGCAGCAGUUGAAAGCAUUUUCCAUCCCAAAUCUAUUGGAAUUGCCAACUGCAUCGAGAGCAUGCAAGAAUUAGGAGAGGUAUAGAACUAUGGCUCUAAGCACAGUAAUAGACUUUUUUUGUUUUUCUUCCUCAUGGUUUUUUCCCCUUUUGGUCUGAUUUUUCUUGUACAACAUGAUAAAUACGGAAAUUUGUUUAAAAGGAUUGCAUACAUUUAACCUAUAUCAGAUUGCUGUUUUAGAGAAAUUUCAAAAACAAAAGUCUUACAAAAACAAA